AUGGCGCCCUAUAGCUCUCCCUUCAGCGUCAUGCUGUUGCUAUGCGUCUUUCUUUCGCUCUUUCACUUGUCGACAAGUCAUCCCCACGGUCAUCAUCACUUCCAUCCUGCUCUGGCAGGAAGAGAACUCCCAACCCCUACCAUCAAGAACCCUGUUCCGGCCAAAGACAUCGUCGUCGCCAGUCCGGUUUCUCCUUGCGUCAAUAGCAACUGCGCCACUGCUCUUCCACCACCAGAACACCUAUCAUGCUAUGCUGCGAAUAGCACCACUUUCAUUGACAAUGGAGACAACUAUACCUUGAUCUGCGACAUUGACUUCCCUGAUCAAAACAUCUACCCAUUCAUUCUGGCUGGCUCAUUCGAUGACUGUUUGGCACAAUGUGAGACGUGCAAUCACAAGAAUGUCCCUGGAAGUCGCUGUGCUGGGUUUGUGUUUGCCCCCGAGCGUAUCAAGGAUGCAGAUGAUUGCUAUCUCAAAUCAUCCUUGAACAACCCCCUUCCAGCAACUAUCCACUUGGUCGGUGCAACUGCUGCCACGCCUACUUCGACUUGUACAACAGCACUCAAAUCCGACCCUACACCUCGCUCCAAGCAUGCAAGCUCAUCCUCGAACCUUGUUGUUAAAGAAGUCAGAAUUCUCGGAAGUUCUACCAACAAGCCUACCACUCAAUACGUCAGCCAUGUUCCUGCAACCCCAGAGAAACUUGCAAGUGGCAUCCUCGUUCCGGGUAUCAAUACCGACUUGAUCACAAAAUAUCCGGUCGCAGGUGAUACUGGCGUCUGGUGUGAUGAAGAUAUACCUUUGAACCUCGAUACUGCAAAUAUGAAGGUAGUACCACAUAUGUCAAGAGAUGGAGGGAAAGGAGGCACAAUCAACUCGACACACAUCUUCGUCUUCUGCGACACUGCCAGUUUCCAGAUUGACGGGACGUCAAGCCAAAUGGUUGGAUUCGUCUCUAGCUCUGUGGCAACCGAUGACGGUAUGAAGGCACUCUUGGGUCAGCCACUUGAUCUGGUUGACAAUCUCGGCGAAUGGCAAGACGAUGUUGGCAGAAUGCGAGGUUUUGCUCCCAUGACAACCGGAGAGGAAUCGUUCAACAUUGCUCUCUCUGGGGACGGCUACCGCUAUGCCGUCUGGCCAGAAUCUUCAUUGAUUCCCCUCAACGCCUCACACGCUUUACUGUAUCCAGCAUUGGUGUAUGAUGUUGUCGAUAUGAGUACUCAAUCUGCUGUAUUCCACGACCUUGGCAACUGCAUUCUCCUCGUAUCGGUUGAUGAGAAAUAUGGCCCAACCGCACAACGCGUGGCAAAGCAGAUUUACCAGCAAGACCAGGUUACGUAUGGAACCCUGGGCGGCAUUCGUUCUUGGGGGACAUCCGGUGUUGGCGGCAAUAGUGGUAACAUCUACCUCUUCGGUCAGACCGAUCACGGCGUUCUUGUUGCACGCACUACGCCAAAUAGCUUCACCGACCUAUCCACUUACACUUACUGGGACGGCAAGUCCUGGUCGAAUGAUAUGCCGUCAUCAAGCUCAAAUGCGACCAUGAUCGAUAUCCCCAUCCAGGACCUGGACCUGGUCUACGUCCCGGCUUUACGCAGCUUUGUCAUGGUUUACCUCAAUACUCUCGCCGACAAUACCUUUUAUUAUCGACACCUACCACUCGACCUGGAUGUUGAUCAGAAUGACGAGUACGAUCGUAUUGUGACAAGCCAGUGGUCGGACGAGAAAGUCCUUACGAAGAUCGACUCCCCUGCAGAAGGUUACAUUUAUGCCGGUGGCAUUCAUGCUGGAUAUUUCGGCGAUGACGAUAUCACCAACGGCGGUUGGAAGGUCUUGAUCACUUGGACCGAACAUACUGGCAAGGAUGCCGCCAGUGCAGAGUCUGGAUACGCUCACAAAUCGGCCUAUGUCGAUUUUGGUCUUGCCUAAGUCGACCUACGCUGGAGGCGGAUCGACAUUCCUGGAUAUUAUGCCGGUUGUGACUGCAACCAUAUCAGGCAUGUUCAUCGGCCACAGGCAAGAGUCUCUUUGGCAUAUCAUCAGCCUCGCUUUUCGACCAUUUUCCAAAGAUGGGUUUCAUUUUGAGCUUUCUUGAUGUGCUGGUGGACGAUGUUAUGAGUUGAUUUUCCACACUGUUUGAUUCAAAGAAUCCUGAUUGAUGUGACCCAAGCUUUUGCUGCUAUGAGAUUAUGCGACAACGAAAAACAAGUGAUCCACAUCAAUGCGAUUACCAAGCUGAAAUUGUACUUUAGCACUGGGGGAUAAAUGAAAAGAAAAACUUCGAAAUGCGA